GCAGACUCGUCGCACGUCGCUGUCAGGGCCAGGCAGAUCGGCAGUAUGGCGGCGGGAUACAGCUACAGGAAGGAUGCUACCGUCGCCCGUGAUGUGUCUCCCGCCGGCAGGACCUAAAUGGAAUAUUGACGGAAAAACCAAAGGAUUUAACCAGAGAGCCCUGUCGCCUUGAACUCCAAGAUGACCCGGCUUGCUGACUACUUCGUUGUGGUCGGCUACGACCUCGAUAAACGAGGGGGCGCUGAGGGACAGGGUUGUAUUGUCCAGCGCUUUCCUGAGAAGGAUUGGGAGGACAACCCUUUCCCACAAGGGGUUGAGCUGUUCUGCCAACCCAACGGAUGGCAGCUGGUGCCCCAGCGCCUGCCCCCCUCCUUCUUCGUGGCGGUUCUGACCGACAUCAACUCCGAGCGCCACUACUGUGCCUGCUUCACCUUCUGGGAGGAGCUGGACCACCCGCCUAAGGUGGCGGAGGCCAGCGAGGUGGAUGAAGACGAGGUGUCCUCCUCAGCGGCGGCCGUCCAGCCGGCUCAGCUCUACGGCCCGAAGAGUCUGGUGCUGGUGUCCCAACUGGACCACACCGAGGUCUUCAGGAACUGUCUCGGGCUGAUCUACACGGUCCACUCGGACAAGCUCACCGCGCCCCUGGAGACGGUGAUCGGGAACCUGCUCAGCUGUGUCAUCCCCAUCGCAGGGGGCUCGCAGAUAAUUGAGUCCCCAGUUUGUAGUUUAGACUUGGGUCCUCAUGCCCAGGCCUGUGACUGGCUGCUGGGCAACUGCCUCCAGCGGGGCCAGGAAGAGGAGGAGGAGAGUUUUUUGAGGACCAUUACGUUGGGUGCGGGCGAUCGGCAGGUGAUCCAGACGCCCAUCGACGACGCGCUCCCCGUCAGUGGAAGCAGCGUGGCGCAGCUCUUCAGACAGCUGGGCAUCGUGAACGUCCUCUACCUGUUCUGCGCCGCGCUCACGGAACACAAGAUCCUCUUCCUGUCCAGCAGCUACCAGCGUCUGACGGACGCCUGCCGAGGCCUGCUGGCCAUCAUGUUCCCGCUCAAAUACAGCUUCACCUACGUCCCCAUCCUCCCGGGCAAACUGCUGGAGGUGCUCAGCACCCCCACGCCCUUCAUCAUCGGGGUCAACUCCUUCUUCCGCUCCGAGACACAAGAGCUGCUGGACGUGAUCAUCGCGGACCUGGACGGGGGCACGGUGACCAUCCCAGAAUGUGUGCACAUCUCUCUGCUCCCAGAGCCCCUCCUUCAGCAGACCAUGACGGCCCUCUCCAUGGUGUUGGACCCAGAGCUGGAGUUGGCCGACCACGCCUUCCCCCCGGCCUCCAUCCAGCCCUCCGCCCUCAAGAUCCAAGAUAAGGAAAUCCGCGGGGUCUUCCUCUGGCUGUUCGCCCGGCUCUUCCAGGGGUACCGCUGGUGUUUACACAUCAUCCGCAUCCACCCGGAGCCCGUGAUCCGCUUCCACAAGGCGGCGUUCCUGGGCCAGAGGGCGCUGUCGGAGGACGACUUCCUGAUGAAGGUCCUGGACGGCAUGGCGUUCGCCGGGUUCGUCUCGGAGCGCGGACCGCCCUACCGGGUCACCGACCUGUUUGAUGUUCUCGUAGCCAAUCAGGUGGAACGCAUUCGGCAGGAGGAGGCGUGUCCGCAGAAGGUCAUGAACCACGUCAAGGAGCUGGCGGAGCAGCUCUUCAAGAACGAGAACCCUUACCCUGCGGUGGCCAUGCACCACAAGGUGCAGCGGCCGUCGGAGGGCCCGGGGCAGCACGCGCCCAGGAACGCGGCCCCCUUCCCCCUGCUGGACGACGUGACCGUGCAGCUCUUCGUGGACCACGCCGCCUCAAAGCAGCGCUCCGCACCCCCCGCCGUCAAGGCCGAGGUCAAGGCCAUGGUGCCCUCCGGACCCCCGCUGGGGGACGUGGUCGAUCGUCACGGCAGCGUGCUGGCCAAUAGCGCGAGGCGCCUGGAGGUGGUCAGGAACUGCAUCACGUACAUCUUCGAGAACAAGAUGCUGGAAGCCAAGAAGCUGAUGCCGGCGGUACUGCGUGCGCUGAAGGGCCGUGCGGCACGGGUCUGCCUCACCCAGGAGCUGAACCAACACGUCCUGCAGAACCGGGCCGUUCUAGACGACCAGCAGUUCGACUACAUCGUCCGCAUGAUGAACUGCACCUUACAGGACUGCUCCCACAUGGACGAACACGGUAUUGCAGCCGCCCUCCUGCCGCUGGUCACUGCCUUCUGUCGGAAACUCGGGUCGGGGAUCACCCAGUUUGCGUACAGCUGCGUGCAGGAGCACAUGGUGUGGACCAACAUGCAGUUCUGGGAGGCCAUGUUCUACAGCGACGUGCAGAACCACAUCCGGGCGUUGUACCUGGAGGGGGAGGAGGGCACGCCAGAGCCCAGCUCGGCGGGCGGAGGGCAGGAGGUCAGCGCCCUGGACCUGGCCUCGGAGCAGAACCGGCUGUGGCCCACGCUCACCAAGGACAUGCAGUCUGAGCGCGUGCAGAAGGAGGAGAGCACGGUGUUCAGCCAGGCCAUCCACUACGCCAACCGCAUGAGCUACCUGCUGCUGCCGCUGGACACCAGCAAGAACCGGCUGCUGAGGACGGGCGGCCUGGGAGACGUGGAGAGUGUCAGCAACAGCUACGUCACCAACAGCAUGGCGGGCAGCAUGGCGGAGAGCUACGACACGGAGAGCGGCUUCGAGGACGCCGAGACGUCGGACGUGGCCAACUCGGUGGUGCGCUUCAUCAACCGCUUCGUGGACAAGGUGUGCAACGAGAGCGGCGUCACCAACGAACACCUGAAGGCCCUGCACACCAUGAUCCCAGAUAUCGUCCAGAUGCACAUCGAGACGCUGGACGCGGUGCACAGGGAGAGCAAGCGCCUGCCCCCGAUCCAAAAGCCCAAGCUGCUGAGGCCUGCGCUGCUGGCGGGGGAGGAGCUGGUGAUGGAGGGCAUGCGCGUGCACCUGAUCUCUGACGGCCGGGAGGAGGCCACGGGCUGCAUGGGGGGCCCCGCCCUGCUGCCCGCCGAGGGGGCCGUCUUCCUCACCACCUACCGCCUCAUCUUCAAGGGCACUCCCACCGACCCACUGGUGGGCGAGCAGAUUGUGACCCGGUCGUUCCCCAUCGCCUCGCUCACCAAGGAGAAGAGGAUCUCCGUCAGCCUGCCGCUGGACCAGUACAUCCAGGAGGGCCUGCAGCUGCGGUCCUGCACCUUCCAGCUGAUGAAGAUCGCGUUCGACGAGGAGGUGGCGUCGGACCUGGCGGAGGUCUUCAGGAAGCACGUUCACAAGCUGCGCUACCCGCAGCACGUCCAGGCCACCUUCGCCUUCACCGUGGGCCAGGCCGCCAAGAUGGUGGUGGAGCACAAGUCCAAGGACAAGAACCAGUCGCUCAAGACGCUCUCCAAGCACCUGGUGAAGACGGCCAAGAGGACCAUCGGCCGGCAGUACGUGACCCGCAAGAAGUACGCCCCCCCCACCUGGGAGAACCGCAGCAGCCUGCAGUCGGAGCUGGACGAGGACGAGAUCUCAGUGUCGGAGGAGAUGGACCAGACCUCCCUCACCCUCUCCUCCACCAUGCGCUCGUCGGACCGCCAGACCAUGAGCAACGUGGUGGAGCGCGCCUGUUGCCGUGACUACCAGCGCAUGGGCCUGGGCACGCUGAGCAACAGCCUGACGCGCUCCAAGAACGAGCCCUUCCGCAUCUCCACCGUCAACCGCAUGUACACCGUCUGCAGGAGCUACCCCGGGCUGCUCAUCGUCCCCCAGAGCAUCCCUGACUCCACGCUGCAGAGGAUCUGCCGCUGCUACCGGCAGAACCGCUUCCCCGUGGUGUGCUGGAGGAACUCCCGGACCAAGGCCGUGCUGCUGCGCUCGGCCGGCUUCCACGCCAAGGGCGUGGUGGGCUUCUUCAAGUCCCCCAACGCCACGUCCUCAGUGCCCUCCCAGGCCGACUCGUCCAGCCUGGAGCAGGAGAAGUACCUGCAGGCCAUCAUCAGCUCCAUGCCCUCCUACGGCGAGACCCCCGGACGCAACACCCUCAGCGGCUUCACCUCCCCCCACAUGAGGAGCUCGGACUCCUCAGACAAGCUCCGUCAGCCUAAGAUCGGAGCUCUGAUGAAGCAGGUGAUGGGGUCUAAGGAGGAGCUGCCCGGCACCUUCAGUCGAGGAGCUCUGGGUCAAAGGGCGAGGGUCAUCUCCCUUUCUCAGCCCAAAAUGUCAGUCAAGUCCAGGAGCUCUCCUCGAGGCAAGUGGGGCAGCAUCCGUGGCAGCGGCCGUCUGAGCGCCUACAACGCCGACGUGGGGAACCGGCUGGCGGGCAAGGAGUCGCCGCACCUCAACGGCGCCGCCGGCGACGCCCUGUUCCUGCGCCAGCCCCGCGCCUACCUCUACAUCAUCGGGGACAAGGGACCGCUCAAGCAGGGGGGGAAGCAGGACCCGCUGCAGCAGUGGGAGGUGAUCCCCAGCGAGGUGUGUGACGUGCGGCAGGUGAAGAACAGCUUCAAGAAGCUGAUGAAGGCGUGUGUGCCCAGCUCCGUCAGCACCGACGCCGCCCUCAGCUUCCACCACUGCCUGCAGGACUCGGAGUGGAUGAGCCUGCUCAACAAGGUGCUGCAGGUGUCCGUCCUGGUGGUGGAGCUGCUGGAUAAAGGCUCCUCAGUGAUGGUGAGCCUGGAGGACGGCUGGGACGUCACCACACAGGUGGUGUCCCUGGUGCAGCUGCUGUCGGACCCGUACUACCGCACCUUCGACGGCUUCCGGCUGCUGGUGGAGAAGGAGUGGCUGUCGUUCGGCCACCGCUUCAGCCACCGGGGGGCCCAGACGCUGGCCUCCCAGAGCAGCGGCUUCACCCCCGUCUUCCUGCAGUUCCUCGACUGCGUGCACCAGAUCCACCUGCAGUUCCCCAUGGAGUUUGAGUUCAGCCAGUACUACCUGAAGUUCCUCGCCUACCACUACGUCUCCAACCGCUUCAGGACCUUCCUGCUCGACUCGGACUACGAACGCAUCGAACUAGGGGUGCUGUAUGAGGAGAAGGGGGAGAGGAAGGCCCCCCAGGUGUGUAAGUCCGUGUGGGACUACAUCGACCGGCUCAACAAGAAGACCCCCGUCUUCUACAACUACAUGUUCUCCCCCGAGGAUGAGGAGGUACUCCGGCCCUACAGCCACAUCUCCAACAUGAAGCUGUGGGACUUCUACACGGAGGAGACCCUCUCGGAGGGGCCCUCCUUCGACUGGGAGCUGGGGCGGAGCCGGCAGGAGCGGCCGGCCGAGGAGCCGGCGGCGGCCGACAGCAGCGGGCCCACGUCCCAGCGCCAGAUCGUCUGGCCCUGCUACCACAGCCGCAGCAAGCUGCUGCCCGACGCCAUCACCAAGCUGCUGCAGGACCUCCAGAGCCUUGAGGCGGAGCUGGGCCAGACGUCGGAGAAGUGGAAGGACACCUGGGACAAGAUGAAGAACGCGCAGAGGGGCGAGGCCAAGCUGGAGAGCAAGCCCUCGUUCUCCAGCUCCCUCUUCAUGACCUCCAACCCGGGGCACCAGCGGCGGUCCCACGGCGUGGUGAUGCAGGAGGGGGGCGUGGGUCUGGACGGCCAGCCCAGCCCCACCUCCACCCCGGCGGCCGGGCGGCCCAGCGCCAGCACCAGCGCCCUCUACUCCCAGUUCCAGAGCACCGAGAGCGACAACCGGAGCUUUGAGGGCAUCCUGUUCAAGAGGGGCGCUUUGCUGAAACCAUGGAAACCACGCUGGUUCGUCCUGGACAAGACCAAGCACCAGCUGCGUUACUACGACAGCCGGCAGGACAAGGAGUGCAAAGGAGUGAUCGAGCUGGGAGAGGUGGAGUCCGUCAUACCGGGAACGCCCACCAUGGGGGCGCCCAAGAACAUCGAGGAGAAGGCCUUCUUUGACCUCAAGACGACCAAACGCGUGUACAACUUCUGCGCCCAGGACAGCCUGAACGCCCAGCUGUGGAUGGACAGCGUGCAGAGCUGUCUGUCGGACGCCUGAGGCAGGAAGGGGCGGGACUUACGCCCUCCAACCAGAAAGGACCGAAACGGAGCGCGCUCAGAGAUGCCGCGGGGGACAGCCUGACGGACAGCUCGGCCCGGCCAAUCCCAGGUCCAGCUGGGACCCUUGGGGGAGUGGCCUUUUUUUGUCCCCUUGUUUAGCUGGGUUCAAGUGUUUGCCAGAGUCGGACUAAUGAUGUCACGUCAUAGUGUUUAAAACUUUUUUUUCAUAUAAAAUAACAAAAAAGAAAUCAACAAAAAUAAAAUAAAGUCGUCAUCCCCCGCCCCCCCCCCCCCCCCCCCACUCCCCGCGCUGAUGACCACUUCUUGUCGCCCGACAAACAACGGAAAAAUGCAGCAUGGCAACCAUCUCGCACUCUGCUGUUGCCAGGGCGACCCUACGGCUGCGCGCGUGCAAGCAUGGCGAGCAAUCACGAGCCUCCAAGCCCUCCUCUACUAUAAACUCCACCCCUUAGGGACUGCGACCCAACAACCCGUCAUUCCACCGGAGGUUUGGAUGAAAUACUUCCUGUCGGGGGAGACGCUGAGUGACAGAACUGCCCCCCCCCGCCUCGGCUACGGCCUCUCACUGCCUGACGGACGGCUGAUCGGGCCAAUAGGAGGCCUUGCUUACCGAUUAUGAAGGAUUCACCUUUUUAUCCCCGUCUUCAUCCUCCUCCCCGUUCCGUUGGUGACUCAUGCAGCCAUACUGUGAAAGCCAUCGCAGCACCCCCCGGUGGUCCGAAGUGGGAGUGUUCCCGUUGGAGAUGGUCAUUGGUUCUCAUCUCAGACUGUUUACUGAACACACGCACCCACACGGAUCGACGUCGUUCAAAACCACUAUUAACGAUUUCACUUUUAACAUUCACGGAAUACCUUUUUUAUCAAAAAGGACCAAGGGCAGGGAAACUUUAUUUUGAUUGAGACCAACGAUUAGAGGUGAGCGAUUCCAGACUGAUGUGAGGGAUUAAGGGGCGCUGUACAGAGAGUGGAAUUGUCGAAUUUAUCGGAGGGAAUUUUCCAUGUUGUGCGCCGAUGCCCGAAGUUUUAUUUUUUAAGGUGCGUCGGAUUCUCAUUCCAACCGAUGGCGACGGUCGGGCGACUUGGAAAACAAACGCAGCAAAUGAUUCAGCAAGUUUAUGAUUCACUAGUUUUUUUAACACCGCCAGUGGAAUUCAGAGCGUUUGCCAUUAAUCUAUUUAUCUAGAAUAGAUGAAUCGUCAUCAAAAAAUAACCUUGAACAGCAAAUGUGUUGCAGUCGAUGUAGAGCUAGCUAAAAUCAACGGUUAACGCUUCAGCAACUUCCGAACAUCGUGAUCGCUCUCCAGUUCGGCUUCAGUCCGUGUAGGUCGGCUAGUUUUAUUUUUCUCUUGGAGGUCUUUUAAAUCCUGUCCUAUCCGGUUUUGAGAAAUUAUUUUGAAUCUUGAUUUUUUUUUUUUUAUAUUGCCACUGAUCUUUUAUUUUUUAUCAGAAACAGUUGAAGACACCAUCACACACGCACACACAUGUACAUGGGACACAGGCUCACCACCCUCAUCCACACCUGCUAUGUAAAAUAUGGUUCUACUGCUGUCUCGUUGAAUAUAAAAUUUGAAUUGUAGAUUAUUUUUUGUGUCUAAUAACUCCCUUGUAUAUACUACUCCAGAUUUGUAUGUAACGUUAUGGUAGUAAUUUAUUUAACUUUUGUCCUACAGUAGAAUUCCGCAAGUACCACUUUUAUUUUGAAAAUUAGGAAUCCAAUGUGCCAUUUUGUUUAUUUCUGUAUUAAUGUGACUAAUGCUACUACUUUUUUUUAAGAAAAGGAAAAAAGUACCAGUAAACCCACAACGUCUUUCGGUUUUUUUUAACAACGUUUGUCCAUUUUCAUUUUUGACCCAUUCGUUAAGAGUGGACCUAUAGUGUAUUAGUGGUUAAAAGUCUCUCUAAAACGUGGCUUAAUAAUUUUUUUUUAAGGCAGGUUCAACUUGUAGUUUGUAUCUUAACUGUGCUGGUGGUCUCAAUAAAAACAAACGACAUGUUGCCUUUCAGCGGACCGUUCUGGUGAUUUGGGUUCCGGUUGUUCUGAACUCCCGCGUCAUUCAGAGUGACGCAGACUCCGCCGCAUAUUGCAGUGUUGUUUUUUAACAAGGUUACAUGUACUGUGAUGCUAGUGUCCUCCAUCAAUCAAAAGUAUUGGUAUAUUAAAAACAUUUCAGUGGAAAAAUAAAAUGACAGAAUCCAAAGUCAAGAUGUUCAAUUAAAAUGCAUAAUGUGCAAUAAAUUACUUUUGUCUUGAUUGAUCCAAUUCGAUAUAGCUGUUGAUUGAAAUCAACAAUAGACCGACUCCAUCUGACCGUUUUACUGCCACCCAUGAGUUAUACAUGUUGCUAACCCUUUUAAAAAACGAAUGAUAUUUGCCACAGGACUUGUACAUCGUGGCGUCACAACGCAAUUAUCGCCUCCAUUUUGGAAGCACAGGAAUGCUAGAUAUUUGUUGGUAGUUAUAAGUUGGUAAUUGUUAAUUAAUCUUUCAAAUUAUGGUUUGAAACUAUGGCCUGUCCAGUUUACCAGGCCUACUAACGAGGCGAUACAUAGCGUCUAACGGUGGAUGACAAUCUUGAGAUAUAGGCCUAUUUCAAAAUCCCAUUAUAAAACGGUGGGCUUAAAUCCACGUUGACAAUUAUUUUAACGUUUCUGGGAAGCUAAAGUUAGCAACAAAACAAUUGUGCAAUUAGGCACAUUGAGUCAGCGCAGACACGGCGCUCAAAUAACUAACUAAAUUUUCCAAUAAGCCUUAAGCCUACCUUACUGGACGCUUGGCCUGGUUCGUAUCGGGUCCAUUUGCGUGUUGCGUCCAAACCACAGCUCCCAAAUACAUUGAAGAAAGCAGGAAUUUGCAAAAAAAAGGGGACGAAGCAAGCGUCCAUACAGUCAAACAUUUAGUAAUAACUUUAUGAGCGCUCAUUGCCUGCACCUGUUCCCACUUCCAAGGCUCAUUAGCGUCCAUCAGGGUGUUGGUUCGAGUCCCCACCAGGGGACAGUAUUUCCACUACUUGUGUUUAUUCUUUUUAGGUAUCAAAAAUGGCUCUUACACGUUUCCAAAUGAGAUCUGCACUUGAUAAAAGUUUUAUUAAUUAAAACGUCCCAAUAAUAGUUGACUGAACGAGUAAAAAUAUAGUAAUCUCGACCAUAUAUUACUUAUUUUAGACGAAGGCCUGUUAACCAUAUGCAUACAUUAAAGACCCCCCUUGCACACAUAUUUGAAAAAUAUUCUAUAUAUUGAAUUAGUAGUUAAAACAAAAUGUUCACAAAAAAUAUCAAACCAUUAUGGCUUUGCAGCAUCUCCAAACAUCACCUUCUGUGCCAGAAUAUGAUUGGUCAACAUCGGACCCACCCCCCACCAAUGACUUCCUCCCACAAAGACUCCCUCCUCCCAAAUGCCCAUAUCUGAACCCAUGCAUCGAAAAGAAAGCAUACAAAUGUAUGGAUAACUCGGCAUACAGCCGUCCUGUACUCCGAAAGGAGCUUCGAAGGCCUCCGAACGACACUUGACACCAGGUCACACUCAGUGGUGGGGGUUCAACUUUAGAGGAACUAAUCCUAAUAGCAGCACCACAACCCUGGGUGUAAACGGGCUCAGAAUCAUCGGUCCAACGAGCGCCUAGGACCGCAAUAUGACACUGCUACUUAACACAUAUAAAAACACAACCCGUUCGGUUUUGUGGCAAAAUGAAGAAGACGAAACUGGACCAGAACAGCUUCAACGCUCAGCAUCACACCUGGAGAGGCGGCGUCGACUUAUUUCGUGCGGGAGACGCGUGUUAACAUUAUGCUGAGCGCUGAAUGGACAGGAGCAACCGAACACUAUUCACGUUCAGGUCUGUGAACUUUGACCCCACAACUAUACCUUAUGUUAAAGUUACGAGACCAAACACAAAAGACAGCGAUCGUUUUUUGGAUUGUUUAAGUGACACGGAAGGGAGGAGACAACGGGACGACUGUUUUCGUCAUAAUAAGGCGAAGCUGACGCGUGGUACCGGUCAACACCUGUCGGCUCCACCGAGGUAGACGCACGGGGACGUAAAGGCGCACGUGUGUGUGUGUGUGGGGGGGGGUCCCCCUGCAAACGGGAGGGGUCACGCAUCCGAUGGACAAAACCUCCGGGUAAUUACGGUUUUAGCCAGACACUUAAUUUCAGAUUUGUUUAACAAUGAUAAGUAGACCAGGGAGUAGACUCGGGUGACGUGGGACGGUCUCCGGUGUCGAUGCGGUUCCUCUGGGAGAUUGCGGGGUUCGGGUCGGGUGCGGGGGUUCAUUUUGUCGCUUACGAGCCCGACGCGUGAAUGUGUUCGUUUUUUGGAGAAAAAUAAAACAAACUAAAACAAAUAAGAAGAAACGGAAGCAACAAAGACAGAAAUCGAUAGGAUUGCUUGUAAAAUUACUUUCUUUUUUUUUCUUUUUAAAUGUGGAUAAUAUUUUUUUGUAUAUAGGUAGAUAAUGUUUGGUUGAUUUGAACAGGGGGAAAGGAGGAAUGGGGAACAGGGAGGAGAACGUAAAAGGUCAUUACAAUCAGAAGGUCUUCGCUCACUAGCUAGGUCAACAGAAAACCAGUUCAACAUGCAGUGAAAGGAGAACGGAAAAGAAAUAAACACUAAAUAGAUUCAGUACUCCAAAAACCGCCACGAGAUCAUAUCCAAAUUAGUUUCGCCCGUGACUAAUACCGCGUAAUUGACGUUGUCCUCCAACAAAUUGAUUAAAAAAAAAGAAAAAAAAAGCAAAGAAAAAUAAAGAUGAAUUUCAUAAUAAUUUGUUUUUAAAUAAAAUGGCUAAUUGACAUUAUUGCACAUGUGCAAAAGAGACAGUAAUACUAACUA